AUGUGGGAGCGGAAGCUUUCAGCUCAGCAAGGAAAAAGCGCAAUUCCCCGGGGGACCUCCACCUGGAUCGUUAGUCGCGCGAUCGGUGUCCACUCGGUUGAACUUGUUCCCUUGCGACUGCCGACCUUGGCAUCUCCCGCUCUUGAAACACCCAAUCCGCAUGAGUCCCGUAAUCCACAAGAUGCAUUAGGCGACUCCAGCCUUCUCGAAGCCUGUCAUCCACUCGAUCUGUCCAUUCCUGCUGGGCAGACUUGUUUGCUGGUCAAACUUCUCGCCUGGGCCUUUAUUCCGCUUCCCAUCUCCUAA